CAUCGUGCCCUGCGCCUUCCUUCAGCGACUUCUCCCUCUUCCGAUGCGUGCCUGAUCAUGGCGCAGGGGCAGCGCAAGUUUCAGGCGCAGAAGCCAGCGAAGAGCAAGGCGGCGGCGGCGGCGGCUUCGGCGCGGAACCGGGGCCCGAGGAAGGGCGGUCGCGUUAUCGCACCCAAGAAGGCACGCAUCGUGCAGCAGCAGCAGCUCAAGAAGAACCUGGAGGUUGGGAUCCGGAAGAAGAUUGAACAUGACGUGGUGAUGAAAGCCAGCACCAGCCUGCCCAAAAAGCUGGCGCUUUUGAAGGCCAGCACCAAGAGGAAGGAGGCCUCUUCCUCCACCAAGAUGCCUGCCUAAGGAUGCGCCCCAGCAGGGACCAUCACUGCAGCCCCCUCCUCUGCACUCAGGCCUGUGCAGUUAACCCCACAGGAAAGAGGAACUGUGCUCUCCGAAGACUUGAAUUGCGCCUUGAACUUGACUGGAGAUCUGGCCCGUGAGCCAGUGAGUAGCAGGUCAAAAGCACACGGACUGGCUGGCUUUCCAGGUCCCGAGGUCUCAGCACAGGCCAAGGCCAGGGGGAUGUCUUCACCGACUUCCUGUGUCCCCACUACCCCCUCCCACAUCCUGUCUGGAUAACUUGGAGCGAGGCACCUGACUUUGUCUUUCCUCCCAGGGUCACAUGCUCCUGUGAGCAGGCCAUGCUAGGGCGUCAGGCCAGGUGCCUGGACCACCAGUCCAGCCCCAGUUUACACAUGUGCCACAUGCCCAGGGAAGGAUGGACAAGCUCUGGCACCUCCAGCCUGGGGGCUGGGGGAGAGUCUUUUUCUCCCUACCUGGGGUGACUCGCCUGCUUGCCCUCCACAGAUAUCCCCAGCCAGACAGCCUAGGGAGCCACUUUCCCAUCCACAGGACAGACAGUGACACCACCUUGUAGAGUCAAAAUGCUGAUUAAACCAGAAGUGCUUUCCAA